ACGUUCCGCUUGGGUAAUGACGUUGUCAUCAGCAAAGCGAAGAUGACUUGCACUACUUAUCUCAUUCAGGGUCGUGAUGAUGGGUGUAAUCGAGAUUCGAUGUACUACGUAGUGAGUGUGGGAGUCGUAGCUAUAGGAGUGACAUUUGCUGCAAUCCCAGCCUAUAGGAUUUUUUGUGAGCAAACAUCGUUCGGUGGUCUUACUCAGGUGAUAGCUAAGGAUUUCGAUAAAAUAGCGAACAUGAAGAAAGUGGAGGAGCGAUUAAUACGAGUACAGUUUAACUCGGACGUUCCUUCAAGUAUGCGAUGGGAAUUUAAGCCUCAACAGUAUGAGAUGUACGUACAUCCAGGGGAGACUGCUCUAGCUUUUUACACCGCCAAAAAUCCUACGGAUCGUCCAAUUAUUGGUAUAUCCAGCUAUAACCUUACACCAUUUCAAGCUGCUUAUUAUUUCAAUAAAAUCCAAUGCUUUUGCUUUGAGGAACAAAUUCUCAAUCCAGGAGAACAAGUUGACCUGCCUGUUUUCUUUUAUAUUGAUCCUGACUAUGCUAAUGAUCCGGCACUAGAAAAUCUGGAUAACAUUCUGCUAAGUUAUACAUUCUUUGAGGCAAAGUCUGGCCUCCAACUGCCAAGUCCUUUUGAUCCAUAUCGCUCCCAAAAUGUGAGUUUUAUUUAG